CCGUAAAAUGGAACGAAAGUUAGAGAGAUCAAGUGAAAUAAAAAAAAUGGAAGCUGGGAAAAGGACUAAUUGCUUUUUGGAUAUCUUGCUGGACUUGCAAGAACAAAAUGAUUUUACUGACGAGGAUAUACGAGAGGAAGUAGAAACUUUUAUGUUUGAAGGCCAUGAUACAGUUUCUAGCAGUUUGGGAUUUAUGGUAUUCUGGUUGGGUCAUAGAGAGAAACUUCAGGAAAAGUUACGAACAGAAAUGCGGGAAAUAUUCAAUAGUGAUAUUGGGCGGGAUGUAACACUAGACGAUAUGACAAAAAUGCGUUAUGCGGAGUCAUGUAUUCGUGAAACUAUGCGUCUUCUUCCCACUGUUCCAGUAUGUUACUAUGAUUUCAUUAGAAUUUGCCAUUUAGAUAAUUGGUCGUGUGAUUACAGAGCCCACAAAAAUAGGCAAGUAAAUUAUAAAGAUGUUAACUAUGAGUUUACAUAG